AUGUGCGAUGAAAGAAACAAAAAAACCUUUCGUUCGUUAAGCCACGUGGAGAACAGGGAGAAGCAGACCACGCAUCUGCACGAUCGUAGAUUCAUUCAGAACGGCUUUAUCGCCUUAUUAACUAUUCUUAUCGCCAAGCAUCCUCCGCCUUGUAUGUUUAAUGUUAAUGAAACUGAGAGGGAUGAUUCGGCCAAGAGGCCAGAUUUUGAUGUAUUAGAGUAA